AUGGCCGAGACGCAGCCCCUCCUCGGCCCCCGGGCUGAGCCUCAGGACCCCCUCGCCUGCCUCGAUGAUCCCAAGCCCGUGUUCGACUUUGAUCCCAACGGCGACUCGGACAACCCUCGCGAGUGGCCGGCGUCGUUCAAGCGGAACAUUAUCGUCAGCGAGCUCGAUAAUGGCCGCCCCAACGACUCGGCGAGCGCCCUGCUCGUGACCAUCUGGGAGCUCGGAGAGGCUGCUGGUCCUCUUCUGAUUGCGCCGCUGUCCGAAGUCUACGGCCGCUACCCCGUCAUGAACGUGUGCAACGUGCUCUUCAUCGCCGCCACCGUUCUGGCCGCCGUCAGCCAGUCGUCGACUCUCUUCAUCGCCGCCCGCGCCCUGACCGGUCUCGCCGUCGCCUCGAACGUUCUGAGCCCCGCCAUCAUUGGUGACAUUUUCGAGCCCGACCAACGCGGCUCGGCCAUGAGCCUCAUGAUGCUCGCGCCUCUCAUCGGCGGCGCUGUCGGUCCCGCCAUCAGCGGUGCCGUCGCGCAGACGCUCGGCUGGCGCCAGGUCCUCUGGAUGAGCGCCGGUCUCGCCGUCGCUUGCGAGAUCCUCUUCCUGACCUGCUUCCGCGAGACGUACAAGAUGGUCAUCCUCCGCAAGCGCGCGCCGGAGCUGUACCGGCAGCACCAGCUGGACCUGGAGCCCAAGGAGGCGAGCGACCACGGCAGCCUCCUGAAGCUGUGGCACUCGGUGACGCGGCCCAUGUCGGUCCUCUUCAGCUCGGGCGUGCUCCUCGCGCUGUCCCUCUUCGGCUCCAUCUCCUUCAGCUACUUCUACGUCAUGUCCAUCACGCUGCCCGACAUUCUGCAGGACAUCUACGGCUUCUCGCCGGCCCUCACGGGCUCGGCGUUCAUCACCUUCAGCAUCGGCUCCUUCGUGGCCAUCGCCGUCUGCAACGUCGGCCUCGACCGCAUCUACAUCCACCUCCGCGCCCACGACCCCGAGGGCGGCAAGCCCGAGCACCGCCUGCCCCUCACCAUCGUCGGCGCCUUCGCCCUGCCCCUCGCCGUCAUGGCCUACGGCUGGGCCGCCGAGCUGCGCCUCCCCGUGCCCCUGCUCCUCCUCGCCGCCGCCCUGCUCGACGGCUCGCUGCUGCUGGCCAUGGUGCCCGUGUCGGCCUACGUCGUCGACGCCUUUGGCCUGUACUCGGCCUCGGCCAUGACGGGCGUCAUCGUCACGCGCUGCCUCAUGGGCACCUUCCUGCCGCUGUCCACCGGCCCGCUGCGCGCCCGCUUCGGCUAUGGCUGGGGUUUCACCAUUCUCGGCGCCGUCAGCCUGUGCUUGGCGCCUAUUCCCAUCUUCAUCAUGCGCUAUGGCGCCACCUGGAGGAAGGCGUCGCUGUACUCGAGGGAGACGUGA